AGUCGGGCAGGUGAGCUGAUCCUAGAAACCAUGGAGUGAGGAGCUGUUGAGUAGAAGGGCUGCAGCAAGGCUCCUGAUUAACACCUGAGCUGGGAGUGAAGUCAGACCCUUUUCUAUCUCCUGGGACUGAAUAUUAAAGCGAUGGUCGCUUUAGCCUCCUAUGAUUGGUUGAUAUUUUGCUCCGGCAGGACCCAGCACCUGUUGCUGUAUAUUACUCUAUAGGGACUGAGCCGGACAAGAGGCUGAAGGCUGGACGGCUGCAUUCAAGCCCUAGCGAGAGUCCUGGAGGUGAUAUGGCAGCAGGCCCCUGUGAGGUUUUGGAGCCAGACCUGGAAUGUCCUGAGGCCGUAGAAGAGCUGCCGUUACAGGCAGAGGGCAUUCAAAGGCGGUCGAGGGAGGACGUAAGAGAAGGUACAGAGGUGUCACAGGGCAGCGAGGAGGUAAAUGGUACGUCACAUGAGCUAGGGGAGGAGGGGAACAAGCUGCACAUUAUUGAGACGGACCUGGACGAGUUUGUAGAGACCAUGACGGAAACACCACCGGCCGAAGUGGAGCAGAAGGCGAAGAGGACAGAGAAGGUGGCGGAGAAAGCCAGCUCGGCCGUGCCCCCAGUCCCCAAGACCCUUCCAGUGAGAAGGAAGACCGAACCCCGAACUGUCGGCGCCGCCAAGGAGGAGCUGCUGUGGGAUGGGCUGACCCUGAACAAGUGCAUUCUCAUCGCCUCCCUCAUCGCUCUCCUAAGCAUGGGCUUCCAGGUCUUCCAAGACGUUGUGGAGGAGGACGACGAGGUUCCCGAAGCAGCGCCCAGCCUGUGGGUCCAGCCCGAGAGCAGCAUUCCUGAGGAUGGCACCAGCGAGCUGGCAGAGCCCUGGUUCCUCAAGAGAUGGCUCGGCCGGUCAGAGCCAGAGGAAACAGAAGAACCGGAAGCCAAGGCUGAAGAAACCCCAGAGGAACCACAGGCCAAGGCAGAGCCGAAGAAGGCCAAGGAGAAGCCGAGGGAGAAGCCGAGAGAGAAGCCAGAGAGGAAGGAAGAGAAGCCCAGAGAGAGUCGUGCGGCUCAGGUGGAGCGAGGCAGCAAGAAGGAGAUGCAGGGCAAGGCCAGGCCCCCAGAGGCCAAGGCCAGCAGAGUGCCCAAGGAGCCCCAGGAGGACGAGGAGGAGGAGGAGGAGGAGCAGCCUUGGCCCAGGAAGAGGGCGCGUGGGGAGGGCAAGGAGGGCAGGCGGGGGGAGCGACACAGGAAGGAGGAGGGGAAGGGCCGUGCCCCCCGGCUCGAGGCACUGGGCCGCGAGGAGCACAAGCGCAACGAGGAGCGGAAGCGGGACUCCAGGCAGCAGCGAGAGCACAAGGGCAGGAAGCCAUGGGAGCAGGGCCCGGUCCUGCCCCGCAGGGACAGCAACCACAAGCUCCGGGAAGGCAAGAGGCACGACUGAGCCCCGUGCCCGCGCCUGCCACCGGGCACUGGGGCUGAGCGGCAUGAACUCCAGCGGGGUCCAAAAGGCCAGGCUGUCGGCAGCCUGAGCGCACCCCCGGCCUCUCCUGUGAUCCCCGAGACCUGUACCCUUGCUGCCGUCACCGCUGACUGGGGUUUUCCUCCCCAAACAAAUAGAUGCUGCUUGUUUGCCGGGCUCCCCAGGAGUGGCUGGCUUGUCCCCAGCCUGCUGGCAGAAGGGGGCUUCAGGGUCUGGGGUUACAGCACUCUGCUCCCAGCUCUGCCUCCGACCCUGGGCAAGUCCUGUCACUACUUCGUGCCCGUUUCCCCAUCUGUCCCGGGGGUGAGACGCUCGGGGACCUGAGCCAAGUUAGCACUAAGUUCCUGCUGUGGGGACAGCAGCUUGGUGCUGCAGGAUGGGCCUCUGCGCACCUUUGAGCCCCCCUGGAUAAGACACAAUCGUGACAUGGCAUGAAAGAGAGCAAGGUUGUCCUUAGCUAGGAAGGGCUGGUGAAAGCCAGGCGGGCAGGCACUCCCCAGCCUGAAAGAGCACCCUCUUCCAUCUCCCCACCCCCGCCAAAUCCCCUUGCAUGGUAGUCAAAUUCAUAGAAACCAAACGAAAGUGCAAUAUUUUUUCACUGCUUUACUACAAUGGAGAAUGCAACUCAGUCACAGGCAGCAGUCGCGGGAACAGGAACGAGCGCAUCCAGCCUCAGCCCACUGGGUGGAAAUGUCCUUUUUAAUGGCACAUUAAAUGGAGCGGUUUGGAAACCCUGCAGCAUG